AUGGCAUCGGACACGGCUGCCAAGAGCCACCGGCGAAACACUCCUCGGCACCUGUUCGGGGUGUACUCGACCAUGUUUGCCCUUGUGGCAGCCGCCAACUGGUACUCCAUGCGCCGGGUGCCGGCGCCCCUGCCCAGCACCGCCCCGGCCAAUGUCUUUUCUGAGGAGCGAGCGAUGCUCCAUGUCCGCCAUCUGGCAGACGUCAUUGGGGAUCGACAGGUGAGCACUCCCGGCCUGGAGGAGGCUGCCCGGUACCUGCUGUCCGUCUUCGACGGCCUCGCCGAGGAGGCUGCUCGGAGCCGGCCAGACCUGGUCGUGGAGGCGUCCAUCGAAAAGGUCACCGACUCCAUGACCCUGAAGGCCUUUGGGCACACGUUUGGCAACGCCUACGUGGGUCUGAGCAACGUGGUCCUGCGCAUCGCCCCCGCCCGGGGCCCCGGCGCCCGCGCCCCCGCUGUGCUGGUCAACAGCCACUUUGACAGUGCCAUGGGCAGCGUGGGCGCCUCCGACGCGGCCACCUGCAUCGGGGUGAUGCUGGAGGUGGCGCGCGUGGUGGUGGCGAAUCGGGGCCGGAGCCCGGCUGCGCCCCUGGUCCUCCUGCUCAACGGCGGGGAGGAGACGCUGAUGCAGGCGGCCCACGGGUUCAUGCGCCACGGCGCCCACGCCCCGGGCCUGGGCGCCUUUGUCAACCUGGAGAGCACGGGGCCUUGGGGCCCGGACGUCCUGUUCCAGUCCAGCCUGGAUUGGACGCUGCCGGCCUACGCCCGGUCGGCCCCUCACCCACGAGGGAACACCGUGUUCCAGGACUUUUUUGACCUGGGCCUGAUCCCCGCCGACACAGACUACCGGCUCUUCUCCUACAGGCGGGCAGGCUCGCUGCCGGGCAUCGACGUGGCGCAGGUAUUUGACGGACUGGCAUACCACACCAACCAGGACGUCGCUGAUCGUGUGCGCCCAGGGACCCUCCAGUCCAUGGGGGAAAACACGCUGGCCGCGACGUUGGAGUUUGCGAGGGUGCUGGGGUCCGGGCAGCCCCCGCCGGCGUCAGCACCUGGCGACGGCUACGUCGCCUUUGACCUCGCAGGGCUCAAAAUGGUGGUAUAUUCCUACGCCCUUGCAAGCAGGCUGCACCAUGUGCCGCUGGUGAUCCUGUUCCAGGUGCUCCUCGGCAGCCUGCUCCUUCCCGCUGCAAACCCGCGGGCGCUGCGCGGCUUUGGGCUGAAGGCCGCCGCUGGUGGCACGCUCCGCGCUUUCUUUUCCGUCCUGCUGGCGCUGGUGGUGCCUGCCCUGCUGGGCGCAACCAGGGCCCUAGUCACGGGCGCUCCCAUCGCCUGGUACGGCCGGUACUGGCAGGUGUACUGCACCUUCUUCCCGGCCGCCCUGGCCGGCCUCCUGCUGCCCUACGUGCUGUGCACGCGCCGCUCUUCCCAGCCCGACGCGAUGGUCCAGUCGCUUGGCUCCGCGACCUUCCACGCCGCCGUGGCCUCCAUCCUGGCUGCCCACGGCAUCUACGCCGGCUACCUGAACGCCCUCUGGGCGACGGGCACCAUCCUGGCGGUGGUCCUGGCUUGGGCCAGGCCGGGGCCCGUGACCAGCCUGCUCGCCGCCGCGCUCAUGGCUCUUCCCCUGCUCGUGUCCAUGCCCGUGGCGGUGACGGCGCUGCUGUACGUGACGGAGAAGAUUGGACUGGCGGGCGCCGCCCCGGGCCUGCUGGGAUUAGUCAUCGGCGACGUGGCCAUCGGCACCCUUGCGGGCGUAGCGGGGCUGGAGGCGCGGUGGACCGUGUCGGCCAUUGACGGCUUCCCGGUGGCUUCCACGCUGCCGCCGCACCUGCUGCAGCACGCGCGGCCCACCACGGAGCCGUACUGGGAGACAGUCUACCCCCUGAACCGGCUGAUGCAGGGGCUGGACAUGCCCGCACCGCCCCUGGAAAACGACACCGCCCUGCCAACCCUCACCACGGUGGCCUACGGCGCAUCCCCCGCCGACGCCUCGCUCCUGCGCUGGGAGCUGGAGCUGGGGCUGGUGGAGGCGGGGCUGGGCAUGGUCAACUGCACCGGCGCCGCCAGCGCCUGGUCUUUUGGCGAGGAGCUUGCGCCGGUCCAGACCCAGGGGGGCUUCCCUGCCCACCUGACCCGAUUCUCAACGGCGUGGGGAUCCAAAGCUCUGAGGUUCUGGAUUGACGCCGCUCCAGGCCAGGUGCUGAGUCUCACCACCCACGUGGCACACCUGGACGCGACCCCGGCAACCCAGGAGUUCCUGGCGCAGCUGCCAGACUGGGUGAGCCCGGUGAUCAUGACCACCGUGCAGCAGAAGUGGAACCUGGAGUUCAGGUAG